UAAUCGAAAUGUUUUACUUAAAGAUCAUGGAGAUCAACCAGUGGAUUUCUCAGCAGCCUAGUACCAAGUCCCCGCCGGAUAAGAGGGACAGGUGGUUUGGUGGCGCUCUGGGGACGAGAAUGAAGUUUUGACGGAAGCUGUCUUUCGAGAGGAAUACGCGAAAGUUUGGACAGUGUAUUUAGUCUUCCGCAUGGCAACGAAUCAAGGGUUACUUUAGCUUAAUGACACCUUCUUUAACUUAAAUCUUAAGUAAGAACGUUUUCCUUCUUCUAGCACGAAACGUGAAGAGGAGUCGAUUAUUCUAGACAAGAAAUUUACAACAAGUUUUUGCUGAGACAAAAUGGUGCCCAUGUAUGGUGGAACAAACUACAUGCAUCGGCCUCCUGAAAGACCGCGGACUACAGGACAAGCUAAUAACGAGCCAAGACAGCUAGAGUUCACCGAAGCUAUGAGGGAUUUUAAACAUAUGUUUCCAACCCUGGAUCGGGAAGUUAUAGAGGCCGUUUUACGAGCUAACAAUGGGUUGGUUGAUGCUACCAUCGAUCAACUUUUGUCAAUGGGACUUGACAUGGAAGGUUGUGGUACAGCUUCGACGCAAUCAGAACAUCCGCCAUUACCUUCCUACAGCGAUUUAGAUCGUUCAGAACCGCCUCCAGCUUAUACACCGAGAAAUGGCGAAUCUUUCACGGAUUCUUCAACUCCUUGUCGCCCUCUCCCAGCAAGGCCUUACUCGGCAUGGAAUCCGCCAUUACUCGGCAAAUUGCCGGAUGAUUUUUUGCGUCUUGGGCCAUCAACGACGCUUUCUCCUUCUUCUUCUUCUCGAGGCUUUGGCGAUAGCAUGGGCGACAGAGAGCUGGAACGGUUUUUGGAAGAUGAAAAACUGGCCAUGGUAUUACAGAACGAAGAAUUUAUGCGAGAGCUGAGACACAAUAAAGAUUUCAUGUUGUCACUGGAGAAAGACAGACAAAGAAAUACUGCAGCUGCAACUAGGAACAUAGCCCCAGUAGAAACGCCAGCCAGCAAUGUUCCAAUACCAGCUGCAAGUAGUGCUAGCAGGGGACAUUCCCCUCAACCGCAAACGAUGACACCCCCAGCAGCGGCAAAUGUGGAGCCUGUUGCUGGAGCAGUGGGUGGACAUCAAGCCACCGGCACUGCCACCCAUGAUGAUGCUGUUCUCAGGGAAAGACUGAAGCACAUGGGAAAGAGUACAAGAAAGAAGUUUGACAAGCUGGCCAAAAUGUUCCACAGGAAGAAUGUGAACAGGGCAAAUCUUAUUGCCACUGGGACUGCUGCAUCUACUGCCAAUCUUCUCGAUGGCUAUAAUGAGGAUGACGAUGAUGAUGAACUUCUUAAUGCCAUGGGGUCAGCCAGGCUGGAAAUCAUGGAUGAGAGAGAUGAGGACAAAGAGAGCAAGACAGUUACACAGCAGAAGCCAUCAGAAUCAGAACAGAAGAAGGCACCAGGCAGUGUUGAGCCAAUUGUCUUCUUUUCUGAAGAUAAUGAGUUUGAAUAUAAAGAAGAAAAGUAGCAAAUACAUGAAGAAAUUCUGUGUAUUAGUAAAAUCAAUAUUAUGUAUCAUAAGGUUCAAUGCGAUCCAGGGAUAUACCAAGUGAAUGUGGGAAGCUCCAUACAGUCUAGUAAAGCCAAAAGGUAUGUGGCAGCACUGUACUGGUGGCUGUGUGCCUGGAACUUACUUCAGGGUGAACUGCAUGCUCUUUUCAUUGUUCCAUUUACCAUCAUCGCGCAAUAUUAAGGUGAACAAUAAACAUAAAUAGGAGGUACCUAUAUGUACUUGCAGAAUGAAAACUGUUUUCAUAUACCGUGUAAAUGUCGCUCACAUAGUUGUGAUAAUUAUAGAAGAAUGUACAUUCAUUCUAUACAGUGUAAAUGCCCCCUCACAAAUCAUACAUUCAGGUCGUAUUAAUGGUUUGUGUAGACUAGAUUUAGUUGGCGCUAGGAUUAUAGCUACUAACCGUUGUUGUCUCAGCAGUUUCCUUAUAAACAAACUCAUGAAUGUCAUGAGAAAUAUGAAACCUGUCGAUAUGAGAUACAGUAGAGUUCCUUGCAAUUCCUUCCCUAACCCAACUGGAAAUCCAGUAAAAUAUCACGCACGCAUUGCAGUGAAUUCCUUAACGAGCGUGUAACGUCGCUAAAGCUACUUAAACUUAAAUAAUUAUGUUAUCCUGAUUUGAGUUUUGUACGUGGCCUUAGGUUACAUGUACAUGUAGAUCUAUUUACAACACAAUGUGGUAAUUAAUUCUGAGAAAAUCUUUCUCUUCGUUUUUCAUGCAUGUAGCAAAUAUUUCACUUUGGCUGAUACUCUUGGCGACUGCACAAAAAAUAAAUUACUCCUUUAGAUCUCUAAUGAAAAGGGCAAGGUAGUUUCUGUCUUGAAAACCAUUACCUGGGCGUUAUUUUGCGUGACGUGACGUUUCGUGACGUGUUGAAUGCACACUGCUGCACUGCAAACUCCAGCGAAGUCCUUUAGUGCCCAGUGUGAAUUGUUGCUAUUUAAAAUGUUCAAAAAAAAAAAAAAUUUUCCCCAGGGUGAGAGGAGUUCAUCGCCAGAAACUCUUGGGGUUCUUUACAUCUGAAUAUCCCCACUUGAUUUGUUGACUCUAAACUUUUUCUAUAUUUAUCGGAAAAAAAUCUCAUGCUGAUAACUAAUACAUGUAAUUUUCUUUGAAUAUUGACCUCUUUAGUAUAAUGGCCUACGAGGUAAUUAUAUGUGAGAGAUGAUAUGAAGGGAGCAAACUCCGUUCGGUAUAGAACAGGUCUUUGCUCCAGUACAUGUGAACUGGGGCGCAAGUUUAUGAAUUGGUUAUGAAACGCAACGGAGGUAAAUACAUUUAUGUAUUGGAAAUAAAGCGUAUUUUAAUAGCAUGUACCGAGGGGAAAAAAUGAUAGUAAUCAGAUGAAUAUUGUAUCGCAUGAAUGGGGUGAUUAAAUAAUACUGAUUUUUUCUGGCCUGUGUGAGGAA